AUGAACCAACAGAAUGACCAUCAUGGUGGUGGCAAUACACAACAGUAUUACAGCCAUCAACAGCAGCAGCAGGACCUCCAGCUACAGAGCAAUAUAAAUCAACAGCAGCAACAACAACAACAUGGAAAUUCAUACCCCAACGAUGGCAUAAGUGAGGCUGCAAAUGUUGCUGGUCGUGGAGGUGCUGGCGCAGGCCGAGGCAGUGCCAUUGGAAACAUUGGCCUAGGUGGUAUAAUAGGCGAUGGGACACUGGGUGAAACGUUGUCGUCAUUGCCGCAGGCAUCCUUUAACUACAUCAACUCAAUUGUAGGCAGUGGUGUUAUUGGCAUUCCAUAUGCGUUUCAUCGAGCCGGCUUUGGCCUUGGUCUUUUGCUGCUCAUACUUGUUGCCUACAUUACGGACUAUUCACUUAUAUUAAUGGUCAAGUGUGGUCACAUAUGUGGACGUUUCAGUUAUCCUGGUAUAAUGGAGGCUGCCUACGGCAAAUACGGCUACUACCUAUUGUCCUUGCUGCAAUUUAUGUAUCCAUUCCUAGCCAUGAUUUCCUACAAUGUUGUGGUGGGCGAUACGUUGUCUAAGGUGCUGGUACGUCUAAUACCCUCAUGGGGCUCUUCCAUGGGCGCCGUUCGCUUGGGUGUGGUUUUCUUUGUAACGGUGGGCAUUGUGGUGCCACUGUGCCUCUACAAGAACGUUUCACGCCUGGCAAGAGCAAGUUUCAUAAGCUUGGCCUGUGUCGUUUUCAUCCUCUUUGCUGUGAUUAUCAAACUUAUUUCCGGUGAUUAUAAAGUCACGGAUACUGCAGAAUCAUGGAGAUUUGCAAAUUCUGAUGUCAUUCCGGCGACUGGAAUUAUGGUCUUUGCAUUCAUGUGUCAUCACAACACAUUUCUGGUAUAUCAAUCAAUGCGUGAUGCCACCAUGGAGCGUUGGGAAAAGGUAACACAUAUAUCAAUAGGCUUUGCCUGGACAGUGGCAGCUCUCUUCGGAAUUGCUGGCUAUUCGACAUUUAGGGCUUUGUCACAAGGUGAUUUACUUGAAAACUACUGCUGGAAUGAUGACCUGAUGAAUUUCUCACGUGUACUCUUCUCUAUAUCGAUAUUAUUAACUUUUCCUAUUGAAUGUUUUGUCUCAAGAGAGAUUGUAAGAGCCAUGGUCCACAGGUUUGUGUUGAAGGAACCCAUCAGCGAGUUGACAACGGAAAAGGAUCCGAAGAGAGAAAAGGGAGCCGAGACAGAUGAGUAUUCACGUAACAUAACACUGGCCAUUGUCUUUAGUGCUUUUGUCAUAUCACCCAUGACGGAAUGUUUGGGUUCAGUGUUGGAAUUGAAUGGCCUUCUGGCAGCCAUACCUCUGGCCUAUAUCUUACCCGGCUUGGCAUUCAUCCAGCUGGAUCCAAACCCCUUGACCAGCCGUGAAAAGUUACCUGCCCUGGGUCUGGUGAUUUUUGGUGCUCUAGUUACUAUUUUGGGUGCUGCGGUACUCCUGCCAAGUCUCAGCGAAGACUGUCGCGCCGACAUUGUGAUGGGCUAUUGCAAGCAGAAUACAUUAAGUGAUAAUGCUACCAUAGCAAAUUAGAUUAAGCAUGAAAAGCGAAAACUCCCUCCCACUAACCGACCCCCCACACACACACACACACACACACAAGAAGAGAGUAUUAUUAUUGUUAGUAGAGUAUCUCAUACAUUAUUUAUUAGCAACUUGUUAAAACUGCAAUAUAUCGAACAAAAAAAGUGAAAGAACAAAAUCGAACAAAGCAACCAAUACAUCCAUAUGAAAAGUGUUAUAUUUUUAAGUAUAUAUAAACAAAUACUCACAAAUCAAAUUAUAUAGCAAUUCUAUCAAACUGACAAAAAAAGGUAUAGUUCGUAAGAGAGCAAGAUUCGUACAUAUAUAUUUACAAUGGAAGGUGGCAAUUUGAAAUUUGUUAAAACUUUCGUUUACCAGACUUGUUGGCAAAAUAUUUGAGCAAAAUAUGUUUUUAAGAAGAUAUUUUAAAACAGAAUUGUUGCAUUAUUACUUGUAAUUUUUGUGCAUAAUUAUACCCAACACCACAAGGUGGUCAGGGUAUUAUGUAUUUGUGCAUUUGUUUGUAACAGGCAAAAGGAAACGAGAUAGACCCAUAGUUCCUUUUGAUGAUCUGCAUAGAAUCACAUUCUGUGCCGAUUUAUGCAUGUCCGUCUGUUCGUAUGUCCAUGUAUUUUUUUGUAAACAAAGUACAGUUGGCAUUUAUUGCCCUACCCAGAUGAAAUUUUGCAUAAAUCAUUUGUUUGGUACAAGGACGAACCCUAUUGAAAUUGGAGAUAAUCGGUCCAAAUUUAAAUAUAGCUCCCAUACAUAUCGUCGUCCGAUUUGCUUUUUUAUUGUGCACCAAACGUGUAAUAUCAGUCCGAAUAGUAUGGAAAAUUUGAUCGAAAUCGAUUCAGAUACAGCUAUAGCCCCCAUAUAUAUUGUUCAUCCGAUUUGUUAUUUUUCUCCUCCGCAGCCGUAAUAUGCACUCCAUAACAACGAUAUUCAGGGAAAUAUAUCAAAUAAAGCACAGAAAUACAUUUGAUAAAUUUUAUCGAGAUCGGUUCAGAUUUGGAUAUAGCUCCCAUACAUAUUUUUAUCCGUUUUCAAAUUAAAUGUCCACCAAAUGGGCAAUACAAGUCCGAAUUUAAAAUAUACAAAUGUUUCGGCAUAUUUAGUCCUUUGAACUUUAAAUUAUAAUUAUAAUCAUAGCGUGUAUGAUGGAAGCCCCGCCGACUUUAAGAUUUCUUUACUGAU